ACAGCUGAAAAGUGGCGACAGAACAGUAUAGUUGAUUUAUUUAAAUGAUCAAGUUUUAGCAACAUGUCUUACUUGGAGUGGGCCGAGUCUCAGCUUGCAGAGAUAGAGCUGCUAGCGAGCAUGUUUCCCAGUCAGGAAGAGCUGGAGCUCAGCGACCCGCUGGCUGUGGCUGAGCUCAGGAGCUACGUGGAGGGAUCAGCUUCGGGAGACAAACCUCCUGCCUCCAGACCUCAGUUCCUCAUCAAGAACAAGCUGGAUUCUUCAGUCAUGGAGGAGAGUGGCUUUAUUCUGUCCUGCUCAUAUCCAUCUGAAUACCCUAGCGUGUUGCCAGAUAUAACAGUAAGGUGUUCUGCUCUUAGCAGGACGGAUCAAACUCAGCUGCAGGCCCGUCUCAAUAAGUACCUCACGGAAAACUGCCUGGGGGAAGUGUGUGUGCUUUCUGCAGCAGACUGGGUGAAAGACAACCUGCACCUUUUCAUUAAUAAGAGCUUAUUAACGGCACCGCCUCAGAGGAAGAAGUCACAGGAAGUGUUCAGUCGACUGUGGAUCUACAGUCAUCACAUUUACAACAAGUCGAAAAGGAAGAACAUUCUGGAAUGGUCAAAGGAGUUGGGUCUGUCAGGAUUCAGCAUGCCCGGGAAACCUGGCAUUGUGUGUGUGGAAGGGCCUCAGUCUGCCUGUGAGGAGUUCUGGUCCAGAGUGAAGGUUCUGACAUGGAAGAAAAUCAUGAUUCGACACAGAGAGGAUAUUAGCCUUGAUCGUCAAAGCGAGGACAGCGAGAGCGUGGACUCUCUGCGCAAAUUCACAGGCUUUGAAGAGGCCAUGUUUGACCCCCAUGGGAACAGGGGGAACCACAUGGACCUUGGACAGCUCUACCAGUUCCUAAAUGAGAAAGGCUGCUGUGAUGUCUUUCAGAUUUAUUUUGGCAUUGAAGGGAGGUAGAAGUCCGACCCAGAGAAUGAAGCUACUUGCGUCUGAAGCAGCUUAGCAAAGGAAAAGCGUAUUUUUAAUUUAGCUGUCUUAAAAACAGUUUAGGUGCAUGCAGACAUUUAAUUGUUGAAGCUUCUUUUAUGAAUACCUUCACUGGUACUUUUGUUUGCAUGAAAACAUUUUAAUUUUCUUAAGAAUAAACAGUCCUGAUUGUUCUGUAGAUCAUAUUUCGCCCUAUGUGGUUAAUUAUUACCACGCCUUAUGAGAUUAUCAAAUCAAAUAUUUUGCAAUAAAUGAGAUAGAAAACCCUG